CUAGACGUAAUAAGCCGAGCCAUUAUAAGGAUAGUACUGGGAUCCAGGUUAUCCACCCCCACGGAAAUCCUCUACGCAGAAUCACGAACGGAGCCUAGUGGAACAAGAAGAAGAUGGCUGGCAACUAAGUACAUUAUAAACCUAGGCCAUAGACCAUACAACCCCAUGUAUAACACAGCAAAGCAGAUGCAAGAAAGCGAAAUCACAUACCCCGCAAGAAGCACCCCGAGCCUCAGAAAAGUCCUAGACGCUAUGAACACCAUCGACAUACAGCCGUGGCCUGAGAAACCCCAACUACCAUCAAGCUAUAACUAUCCUCCACCAAGCAACCCAGCAAUCUGCAAGACACUAUGGUUUCCGAUGUCCAAGAAAAAAGCAAUGGAUUGCCGAAUCGAAACGGUCAACCUAUUCAAUUCCCUAUCUCACAAAAUCCCGGACACAACGAUAUGUGCCUACACGGACGGCUCCCACGAACCUUCGAAGAACAUCACGACCUGCGCCGUCUACAUCCCACGCCUUAAUGUUACCAAAUCCUGGACACUAUCAAAACAUUCAAGCAUAUUCUCUGCUGAGUUACAAGCAAUAUACCAAACCCUCCGCAUCAUAUAUGAUCUCACUGACAACCCACCGGAAGUCUUAGUGUACUGCGACUCCAGCUCCGCCAUAAAAACAAUUGUAUCGAACCAACAAUCAACGAAUGAGGCAAUAUCCCCCAUCAGAGAGACGAUAAGAAGUCUAAAAUCCAGCGGAACCCGCACGACACUAGCGUGGAUCCCCAGCCAUACCGGAAUAACGGGAAACGAACGAGCGGACGCACUCGCAAACAUGGAAAGCAAAACCCCAUCCGGGGAGAGGACAGAAAACCCACUAUCACCCUCAGAAAAAGCAUCCGUGGCUAGGAAGACAUGGGCGAACGCACAUCUUAUGGAAAUCAAACGCUGCCAGAAAGUAUGCAUACAAAUGAAAACAACAUUAAAUCUAACAAGAUGGCACUACCACAAGGAAAGAGCGGUGUCCAUAUGCCUACACAGGCUAAGAUCUGGCCACAACUACACAAACGCCUUCAACCACAGAAUCGACCACGAAGCGGACCCUAGCUGCAGGCAAGGCUGCGAAGCACUUGAAGAUGUCAAACACAUACUAAUCGAUUGCCCAGCAUUCGAUCUACACCGCCACAAACUCCGGCAACUGUUAGCAACAAAGAACCUUAACUUCGACACACAUACAAUACUGGGCAUGAACCCACUAGCAGACCCGGCCACGCAAUACAAAAUAAGGGACCUACUAGGAAGAUUCUUAAUACAGACAGCACUGAUACACAUAAUACAAAGAAUAAAAGAAUAA